ACAUCUGUGACAAACACCUGCUCAGCUUCCAGUGAGGACUUCAGUCAGAAAGCAUGGUUCUUUAUCUUUGUCUCCCUCUGCUGGUUGUGCUCCUUCAGCCUGCUCUGUGUCUUUAUAACUGCUCCUCUGAUUAUGACAGAACUCCACUCAACUCGGACAUGACCGUCGUCUGUGGCGUCUCUACGAUCACCCUGGAGAUCAACCUGUGCACGGCUCAGUGGGCGGGCUUUAACGAAACAGAACUGGCUCUGAACGGGGCCCACAACAAUUUGGACUGCCACGGUGCUGUGGACACUGGUGUGAGCCCUCCAGUCAUCCGUUACCAGCUUCCUGUUAACCACAGUCAGGAUAACCCCUGUCGUCAGUCUCUUCAGAUUGUGGACGAGGCUCCAGAUCCCACAGGAACCUUCAGCAAUUUCCUUAGUGUCCAGUCACUUAUAAUCACAGGGUACAUUGAAACACCCAACUCAGACCAGGGGCUCAUCAGCUACUCCACAGACCUUUACUAUCACUUCUCCUGCCGCUACCAGCUGGAGUACCUGAUGAACAACACAAAGGUUGCCGCCUCUUCAGUCUCGGUGGCUACCAGUGAAAACAAUGGAACCUUCAUUGACUCAUUAAAAAUGUCCAUUUUUAAUGACUCCAACUACAUCCACCCAUUGGUUAUACCUUCAACAGGACUUGAUCUACGGACUAUCAUCUAUGUGGAUGUCAGAGCUAUCAACCUCACGGGGAAUUUCCACGUACUGCUGGAUCACUGCUUUAGUACUCCCACUCCAUACAACCUGUCGCAGACUGAGCAGCACAACUUCUUUGCUGGCUGUUCAGUGGACUCAAGGACACAGGUGACAAGCAACGGCGUUUUCAAAUUCUCGCGGUUCAACUUUGAGGCCUUCCGCUUUGUACAGCACCGUGACCAGGCAAAGUCCAGCCUCUAUCUGCACUGCAUACUGAGACUCUGCGAGCCCCGCAAAUGUCAAGACCUGCUGGCUGCCUGUAAUUCCAGGAAGAAAAGAUCUUUGACCCCUUUCGGAGAAGAAAGCAAGGAAUCAGCCACUGUUUCAGUCGGACCUAUUUAUACAGCUCAAGAAGACAUGCCUUACACAGAUGGCUACAGUCAUAGCAUCACAUCAGGAAAGAGUGAUGCAAGUGUGACAGUCUGGCUACUUCUGUCUUGCUGGUUCUGGGCAGCUGGUUCAUCCUGA